AUGGAGAACGCUGGAUUGUCGUUGGAAUCCCUCAACGGAGCCCCCUAUGCCUGCUUCGUGGGAUCGUAUGCAGUUGAUUAUCAAGAUAUGCAAAUGCGUGAUCCUGAGGACCGAGUCGAUGGGAUGACGAUCGGAGUGGGCCGCGCGAUUUUGAGUAACCGCAUCAGCCACUUCCUGAACCUCAGGGGAGCUAGUAUGACCAUCGAUACCGCAUGCUCGGGCAGUCUAGUCAGCGUUGAUGUUGCCUGCCGAUACAUUCAAACUGGCCAGGUCGAAGGCGCAAUUGUGGCUGGAGCGAACCUAUACCUCAGCCCCGACCAAAAUCAGGACAUGGGAGCUAUGCGUGCCGCCUCAUCAGCAAGCGGCCGCUGUCAUACUUUUGACGCAAAGGCAGAUGGCUAUUCCCUGCGGGACGGGGAUCCGGUUCGCGCAAUCAUCCGCGGAACUGCCACAAAUAGUGACGGAUGGACACCAGGCAUUGCCAGUCCAAACGGGGAGGCUCAAGAAGCACACGGAACAGGUACCCUAGCAGGUGACCCAAUCGAGGUCGCGGCUGCCGCUUCAGUCUUCGCAGCCACCCGGCCCGCGGACCAACCUCUGAUAAUUGGAUCAAUCAAGAGUAACAUUGGACAUUCAGAGCCUGCCGCUGGAGUAUCCGGAUUGAUCAAAGCUGUGCUGGCGGUAGAGAAGGGUGUCAUCCCGGGAAAUCCAACAUUCCUCGAACCAAACCCAAAGAUUGAUUUUGAGGGUCUCAAAGUCAAAGCCUCCCGUGUGGCUUUGCCCUGGCCCAAGAACUUUGCCUCUCGCAUUGCUUCCGUGAAUUCCUUCGGAUAUGGCGGCUCUAAUGCCCAUGUUGUGAUUCAGGAUGCUGGUUCCUUCUUGGGUCACAAACAGGUUCCGCACGCGUUCUCCUUCGCUAAAGUUGACUCCUUCUUUGAUGACGACGUGGAUACGCCAAACACACGACCCCAGUUACUCACAUCUUCCGCGAAUGAUGACAUUUCGUUGAAGAAGUAUGUUGCGGACCUUCAGCGGCAUCUCCUUAAUCCCCGAGUCAAAGUCCAGCUAUCAGACCUGGCCCAUACCUUGGCCCAGCGAAGGCUUGGAUUCCGCGCUACAGAGUUUGCUCUAGGCACCGACCUGGUCAUUGCUAGAAGAGCUGGUGGAACCCAGAAGUCCAGAGCAUUUACAUGUUGGGGAAUUCAACCCGAAAGUGUGGUCGGCCAUUCCUCCGGAGAGAUUGCCGCGGCUUACGCCGCAGGUCUUUUAACACCCGAAGAUGCGAUAAAGAUUGCUUUCUUCCGUGGCCAGGCCGCCAAAGAAUUGGCUGGAACCCCAACAAAUGAAACCGGCGUCGGAAUGAUGGCUGUUGGCCUAGGCGCAGAAGAUGCGAUGAGAUACAUCGGGCCCAAUUCUGAAACUGUGCAAAUUGCCUGCUUUAACAGCAGCUCCAGCGUGACGCUCUCUGGAAAGAUUCAGCAUCUGAAUGAUGUCAAAGACCGGCUCCAACAAGAUAGCCAUUUCGCCCGUUUGCUACAGGUCAAUUUGGCCUAUCACUCUAAGUAUAUGGUUGAGAUUGGUGAUCGGUACAUCUCUUUGCUGCAGGCCCAUUGCGGGAAACCUCCGACCGGCCAAUCCGCAGUGAAAAUGUUCUCUUCCGUCCUUGGCUCGCCCAUGUUGAGAGAGGCUGAUCCAGAGUACUGGAAGACCAACAUGGUCUCUCCGGUGCGAUUCAAUGAAGCGUGUAGCUCCAUGCUGUCGUCUGGGUCAGCAGACUUCUUGAUUGAACUAGGUCCCAGCGGUGCUUUAGCGGGCCCCAUUGCCCAGAUCAAGAAGUCACUAUCAGGUAACGCCAGCAAUACCACCUACAUUACAGCGGCAAAGCGUAGCCCAACCUCGGCUCUAUCUUUAUUUAACGUAGCUAGCCGAUUAUUUAUUGCCGGCGGCCGGUUAGACCUCAGCGCAGUCAACAAAAAUCCGUCUGACGCUCAGCAUCCGGCUCUAAUCGUUAAUUUGCCAAACUACGCGUGGAACCACCGCACCAAGUACUAG